CAUUUCGUAAAUAGUCUCUGUGAUUGUUAUAGCUUGAUUUUCAAAAAAUACAAACAAGCAGAAAAGAAAUCAAAAGAGAUUAGUGUAAUAGAAUCCUUACCAUAAAUUUAUGAAGGAAAACAUUGGGCUUAAAAGACGAAUCUCAGAAACUCCCAAACGACGAUAUGACCUCAUUUUUGACAAUUUUUGUCGCACAUCAUUUCCAUUUUAGUAUAGUAGUUUUUCUCUGAAAAUCCUCUGCCGAAGCUCGUCCUCAUGUGUGGCAGCAAGUUCUUCGUCUUGGUUUUAAAAUACCAGUAAGAUUCUUGGUUGAGAUCCAGAGAAAUCGGCGUCAGCGAGAAGCAAAGGCAAUUUAAUUUGCCUAUUCAAGGAAUAGCGUAAAAUUUGACGGUUUAUGAAGGUCAACAACUUAUCAUCUUAGCAGAACGGGUACGCCCAAAAGGCUUCUCUGAGUACGUUGGCUGGUUUAGAUGAAUUCAAUGUAGCUGUCAAUGGUUGGAGAGCAGGGAAAUCGGACAUCCGGGCCUAGAAACACUGCGUCCCGUUCAGUACCAAACAGUUACUGGUGGAAACGAAUUCACAAUUUGAAUGCGCGGUCAGGAGUGCAAGAAGUCAGUGAUGGCCUUAACUGUGCAGAGAAAUUUAGCUCGUUGGUGUCUUGUCACCGAGGAUAUGGAUCUGUGGCAUUUUAUGCCGUUUUUUCUUUGUUUAUUUUGACAUUCUUGUACGCGAUUUGGAAAAUCGUUAGCGCUCACUCUCGCUCCACACGGAGGCCUGGUUCGAGUAACUCUACAUCAACAACUAAGUUAGGUCCCACGCCGCAUGCCCUCACGGGCUAUCCCGCAGCUCAUCCUUGGAUGACAACAGAAAGCAUAACGGAACAUUUUCAUCAAAAUGUAAAGAAACUUCACCCCUCGCAAAACGAGGCUCCGCAACAGAGGCCUUCGUCUCCAAUUUAUUUUCCUUCACCAAAUAACGAGCAUGAAAAAAUUACAUCUGUUACCAACAAUGACGAUCCUUUAAUUGGAGGGAAUGUUGCGCUCAGGAACCUUUUACCAACUUUGCCUUCUCCAGCGAGGGCGACAAAACGCUUCAAUAACUAUUACCAAGGAGCAUUCAAUAGUAUUCAGCCAGCGUUAAAUUACCCAUCAGAACAAUACCCCGCUGUUUUUAAUCCAAUUCUACCUACAGUUCGUUAUCCGAAAGCUUAUUAUCUUUAUUCUCGGCCUCCAAUACCGGCGGGUGUGAUGGAAAAUCAAAAUUAUCCAAUUGAAACCAAGGUUUCCCGCCCACUUCCAUAUAGCAGCAAUUCCGUCGGAAUUUCAAAUGAUAAGCCAGCCGUGUCGUCAUAUCCUGUGGAACCUAAUGUCUCCUACAUAACCCCCUAUUACUUUCCUUCAAACAAGAAUUCUAUGACCAGAAGUUCCUUCAGCAACGGUUAUUAUGGAGAGAGCCCCUUCAUGAGUAAUUUCGUUGGAGCAGAAACUACUCCAUCCCCUCUCAUUUCCUUCCUUAAAGGAAGUUCUAGCAAAGUCAGUUUAUCACCACGACAAUCAAGUCAUACCGGGGAAGGGAGGAAGAAGCCUCGAAGAAAAAACAGAAGACAUAAGAAAAGGAAACAGAGUCGCCCUUUCAGAAAACACUCGGAAUUCGAAGAAAUUCAGGAUAUUGAAGAGGAAAGCAACAGAGCCUCGAGUAAAGCUUCCUCACCAAGACAUCAUAAAAUUGAAGUUGGGAGGAAAGCGGGAAAGCAAACCAAGGAGCGUUAUGGCACACGAAAAUUGGGUAAGGGUCGUCAUAAUGGUUCGACAAUUAGAGGAGUGCGUCAUAGAUCACAUAUCCUUGCAUCAAGACGAGUGCACACUUCAUCGGAAAUUGAGGUUUAUCACACUUAUCAUGGAUUGGAAAAGAAAGCACAACAUAAGAGACGUCAAGACACAUCAAACAAGUAUAGAAGGACAAAUAUUCCACAUCCACAGAUAACUGUGCAGACCGGUCACUCAAGGCAUUCGCAUUAUCAUUUCAGAAAGAAGGAUCAUGCAAUUCAUCGUCAUUCAAAAGGGUUAGGCGGACACCACGUCACACAUGAGCGGCAUGGGAAAAUUUUGGAUUUCAAGCAAUACCAUCGGUACAGAAAGCAUCAUUCUCUUAGUGACGAAAUUCGAGGUAAAUGGCAUAUUAGUAGGCAUCGCGUUAAAACGUGUAAUGUUAUUGAUACUUUUGCAACUCGCGGAACCGUGAAAAUUACAAGGGCUGUGGGUCACAAAAAGCAGUAUUUGCACACAUUACUCGCAUGUCGACCUGUAAGGUUGAGAGUAAGGCAUAGAAACCAUCAACGGACGUUUCCCGUCAAAUAUGCUCAGCUGUGCAGUAAAAGGUGGUACGUGACUAAAGGUGUUAUCCACAUUCAGAAAACAGUUUCCAAUGAAAUAGAAAUUCCACGAUAUAACGUGCGUAUUUGUGACCCUUCUUAUGCGCAUGCCAUGAACCUUCUGCCUACCAAAGAGAAAGAAACCAAGGUUUGGGGUUUAUCCCAAGAAUUUCUUCGUAAAGUGGAGAAAGAGGAUGAGAGAAAAUUCAAAUUAAACUCUUCAUCUUCGAAGCGUGGUCACAAAAAAAAGAAAAAGAGAGUAAAGUCGUGGCAACACAGCAAAAAGAAAAGCUUCAGAUCAAAUAAGACUCGCAACUCCAUCAAAAAGCCAAGAGAGUACCACAAAGUAGAGACAAAGCGGAAAAUACAUCAUCAUAGAGUGCACAAAAAAAGUCACCACCUGAAACGUAAAUCAGAGAAAAGACACGGUGGAAAGAAGAAGAAACAUAACAAGAAAGUGAAGGGUGGUUUGGAAAUGAAAAAGAACAAGCUUUCAUCCAAGAGAGGCGAAAAACACGUUCAAAAUCCCGAUAAACUAUUCUAUGGAAAGCUUUUACGAGUUCUUAAACUUGCCAGGACGUAUGAGAGGAAAAACAAAACAAAUAGCGAUGAUGUUUUUGAUUCUCUUGAAGCUGUUCUUACGCAAAAUAGAAAUGUAGACAACAACUCCAUCAGAAGUGAUAACUCGACAUCAAAGAUAAAUCAUGCAAAAGAAAAUAAUGUAACCAAACACAAUGAGAGGAAUGGAGACCCAGCAGGACAACCAAAAAAUCGCCAAAAGGAUAGUAAGGUCAACAUUCAAAGGCUGUUGGCCAAAGUACUUCCUGCAGUAGUAGCUAAAAUCCUCAACGCUGAUCAUGACGUCGGGGAAUCAGAGGCCACUGAGGUAAAGACUAAACCAACACAGAGCACAACUACAGAAAAGACGACGACAAAAAAGCCUAUACCAACGAAUAAGAUUACCACCCCAGCAAAGAAUUCAUUAGGGGAAAAAAGCAUGCAAGACAUCGUGAAACGCAUUUUGCCACUCCUGCUUCAGAGGGCUGGCAAAAAAAGAACAAAGCAGGCACAAGGAAUCAAAUCGAAGCAUAAGACAAAAGAGCCAUCAUUUCCACCAAAACGAACAUCUCCUAAACCCAAGAAAAUAAUGGUCAGGACAAGUUUGACGAAUAUUUUAUCAAAGUUAGGCAUAGGCAACUUAGAUUCAAAUAGCCUGAGCAGCACAAUUCUUGCAAAAACAACAAGUUUUAUUCCGAAACCUCCAUUGAAGUCCAAGCCGAAAUCAACUGCUGUUCCGUUGAAGACUACUGUGAUAACGACGAUUCCACCCCAGUCACCAUAUACACCACUAACGCCUACUCUUACAACCCAACUACCUCCAACCCUUGGAGAACCGGACAUUGGCCGAUCAUCAUUUCGUCCAACGAUGGAGCAGUUCUUUCCCCCACAUGAAAAUUCACAGAUUUCCCCAGUAGGACCUCCAUCUGUCUCUCAGUCAGAACCUUCAUCUGUUCAGUCACCAGGGUCUUUACCAGCAUCCUCUCCGAUAUCUUUUUCUCCUCGAAGGUCAGAUCCUUACUCGCGAAACAUUUUAUGUUUUGGAGAUAGUUUGACUAGUGGCUUUUUCAACCAUGGGCGAAAUUUCCACCCCUACAGUCAACGACUCAGUCAACUACUGAAUUCUGAUGGUAGACUGAAGUAUUACGUCAAAACGAGUGGAAAAGUGCGUGAAAUGGCACAUGGCAGCAUGACCAAGCGCUUACCACAAGUAUUGGGAAACAGCUCACGAUUUGAUUGGGUAAUCAUUCUGGGUGGAACUAAUGACGUAGCACAUGUUAAGAAUUUUGGAGACGAUGAUUCAUUUAUGACUCAGCUAAUUAACGUGUGGCAGCCACGAAUUACAAGUGAUAUUGAAAUGCUCCAUGAAACUGCACACCGGUACGGUGCGCGAACCCUCCUUUUAACCAUUCCGGAAACGGCUUACGAAGCUUGGCCUAGUUUUAAGACCUUGUGGGUUAUGCGUAAUAGACUAAACGAAGACUUGCGAAAGUAUGCACUUAGAUCACAAGGAAAUGUAGUGCUGUGUGAUUUGGCUGCUAAGUUUCCGAGACAUUCGCUUGCGCCUCAAACCCAAGCUCUUUUGUGGAAUGAUCAUCUUCAUCCUACCGCUUAUGGCUAUGACAAGAUGGCUGAGAUAGUAUACCAGUGCUUAAAACCGUACCUACGUUGAUAUAUAUCUGACAAGAGGAUGAGAAAUGUUUUUCUAAGGCAAUUUAGGCAACUCGUGGUGUUUGUUAAUAACAUAAACAUAGGGCGAGGAAACAUUUUGCCCUUGGUAGUAUUUCCAGUGUUUUGUAUUUUUACAUUUUUUAACCUCAAAGUACAUAAAACAAUAAUUUCCAUUUUAUUUUUUAAAAUUAUUUUAUUGAUAUAUUCAGUGUUAGCUUGAUAGCUCUCAAUUAUCGAUAAAUUACUCGUACCAUUCCUUUUAUGGCCAUAUUAAGUACUUCAACGGUGAGUAACUUUACGACGUUAAGAAUCAGAUGUGUAAACACUUCAUACGGACAUUUAAUACAAUUAAACCUUUUUUCCUACUAAAAAGUGUGCCAUCUGUCAUUGUCCGUACAUUAUCAAAGUGUAAUCUUAUUUGUCCUCGAACGACAAAUCAAUGAAACCUAAGUAGAUUUAUUUUUUGCGAACAAAGUUCAUUUUUUAGGAUGUUUUUUUCCCACGUUAUGAUUCUGUAGUGAAAUAACAUCAAAUAUCACCUAUCCAUUCUAGAGGCAUAUAAAUUUGCGUAAGAUUUCCUCCACUUUCUUAAAAACUCAGUUUACUGAUAAAAACGAAUCGAUAUGGCCAUGAUGUGGCGAUUCCGUUCAGGGAUUCGUGAAGUAACCCUCCAGAAUGGUCAUAAAUUAACGUACAGUGCGAAGAUAUGAAGCGAAAUCAUGUGUCGAUGAAGAUUUCUUUACCGUUUUUAACAUCACCAGGAUUUUAGCAGCCAUAAUCCUUAAACACGAUUUGUCAGGUACUUUGAACAAUCUAUGUCAGGUUCUCUCUUGUAAUCAAACUCUGUCAUGCGUUACCAAGUACCAGUCCACAAUUUAAAACAGUAUUACACGCAAU